AUGUCCAUGUCCAGCAUUGUCUCCAGUCUGGUGGCAGUCAUAACUUCGAAAAGAAAUGAGAUUCACUUCAUCAGAGUGAAAAGAAGUGAGAUUCACUUCAUCAUAGUGAAAACCAGUGAUAUUCACUUCAUCAGAGUGACCAAUGGUCGGCUGGUACAAGACAGGAUACUGAACCUCCAACAUAAAUGUGGUGGUGGUGCCCAUCACCAGGGCAACCUGUACAUAACAUCAGGAACAGCCCUGUACCAGUACACAGUAGAUGGGACACUGUUGAGAAGUUAUUCAGGACAGUUCUCAUAUGUGCACCAUAUUCCAAACAAAUCUGUCAGAUGGGCAGAGAUGGAUGGGGGACAGAAACUGGAAGACAGAUAUACAGAGGCUGAAUUUUACUGCCAGAAAUGUUGCAAGUUUUUCUGUACAAACUGCGAGGAGUACCAUACAUAUUGCGAGGGGAACACUUUGGGGAAAAAGGACAUCAGCCAGUGGCCUCAGAACAAUGUGGAUGCACAAGAGCAAUCAAGUUCAUCAGACCAGCUGGUGGAGGAAUGUCAACCAGGUGCAGUAAGCAAGCCUGAUCCAAUAAUAAUAGUGAAGAGAAGUAAGAAAUUCAAUGUGCACAUUAAGGGUGAUUCAUUCAAAUGUUAUAUAAAUGGUAUCUGUGAGACAUCUAAUGGGGAACUUCUUAUCACAGACCACUGGAACCGAAAAGUGAAGCUGCUAAAUAAGACCUACAAGGUGGUGGAUCACUAUGAGUUGCCUAAUAAUCCAGUGUCCAUGUGCAGCAUUGACUCGAGUCUGGUGGCAGUUAUAACUUUAGAAAGCAGUGAGAUUUACUUCAUCAGAGUGACCAAUGGUCGGCUGGUACAAGACAGGAUACUAAAACUCCAAAAUAACUGCUUGGGUAUUGCCCAUCACCACGGCAACCUGUUCAUAACAUCAGGAACAGUCCUGUACCAGUACACUGUAUAUGGGACACUGUUGAGCAAGUUGACUGACGAUACAUCAGGUCUUUCCGAAAGUAGCUCCUGUGGAGUUAGUCCAGAUGGAGAAAAAAUAUAUGUGGCCAACAAGACCACCAAGUUGAGAGGAGACCUGGUCACACUGUCCAGGGAUGGCAUGGUGAUCUCCAAACUGACUGUCGCUGGUUGGUUAUAUCCACCUGGCCUUCAUGUGACAGAUUCAGGACAAGUUCUCAUAUGUGCACCAUAUUCCAAACAAAUCUUGCAGAUGGGCAGAGAUGGGGGACAGAAACUGGAAGUGGUGGUCAAAAGUAAGAAUAAACUACCAUUAUCUGUCUUCUUCAGCAAACGCACAGGGUUACUUAUCAUGGGAGCAUCCCAUAACAAUAACAUUAUGGUGUUUAAGACACAGUGACUGUUGGACAAGGAUGAUAAAACACAAUUUAGAUAUACAUCAGUAAAAGUGAUAAUUUUAACAGUAUUUAAAUUAUGUAUAUAUGUGCCAUUUGUAAUCAGUUAACAGUGUUCUGACAUUAAACAAAAUAUUUUAAUAAAUUGAUGAUUUGUAAAUAACGCUAUAU